AUGGCCACAAGACCCACUGGCUCUAAGAAAUACCUCCAGCUGCUCCUUUUUCAGGUCACUUUUCUAGGGCCUGUCUUCUGUGGGAACGUGUUGGUCUGGCCAUCAGAAGGCAGUCACUGGCUGAAUAUGAAGAUAAUUAUACAGGAGCUCAUCCAUCGUGGGCACAGUGUUACCAUCCUGGUAUCCAGCGCUUCCCUCUUCAUUAAACCCGGGGCUGAGUCCAUGGAGAAGUUUGAGGUCUAUAACGUGCCCUUCAAGAAAGACACCAUUGAGAACCUGAUUGAGGAUGUAGUGGCACUGUGGCUGAAUAACAGGCCAACCAUCUUGACCUUCUGGCAGUUUUACAAGAACCUGGGAAAACUGUCCAAAAACUGGCACCACAUGAACAGGCUAAUGUGCGACGCGGUGCUAACCAACCAAGAGCUGAUGGCCCACCUGCAGGGGUCUAGAUACGACCUGCUGCUGUCAGACCCAGUGACCCUCUGUGGGGAUGUCCUGGCUCUCAAGCUGGUUGUUCCCUUCAUCUACUCGCUGCGCUUCUCCCCAGCCUCCACCGUGGAGAGGCACUGUGGCAAGAUCCCAGCCCCACCAUCCUACACACCUGCAGCCCUGUCUGAGCUCACUGACUGCAUGUCCUUCGGACAAAGAAUAAAAAACAUUGUGUCUUACCACCUGCAAGACUACAUUUUCCAGAGCUACUGGGGAGAAUGGGAUAUCUACUAUAGCAAGGUCUUAGGGAGGCCCACAACCCUGUGUGAGACGAUGGGGAAAGCAGAGAUAUGGUUAAUCAGAACAUACUGGGAUUUUGAAUUUCCACGCCCUUUCCUGCCCAACUUUGAGUUUGUUGGAGGACUUCACUGCAAGCCUGCAAAGCCAUUACCAAAGGAAAUGGAAGAAUUUGUUCAAAGCUCAGGGGAACACGGCAUUGUGGUAUUCUCUCUCGGGUCGAUGGUCUACAAGCUAACUGAUGAAAAAAGUAAUGUGAUUGCCAGAGCCCUCAGCCAGCUUCCACAAAAGGUCCUCUGGCGGUACAAAGGAAAAAAACCAGAAACUCUGGGUUCCAACACCAGGAUUUAUGACUGGAUACCCCAAAAUGACCUGCUUGGCCAUCCCUUGACAAAGGCCUUUAUUACUCAUGGUGGGACCAAUGGGAUCUAUGAAGCUAUCUACCACGGGAUCCCAAUGGUUGGGAUUCCCAUAUUUGCUGACCAGCAUGACAACAUUGCUCACCUGAGGGCAAAGGGAGCUGCAGUUGAGCUGGAUUUCAGCACACUGAAGACACAGGACCUAGUUGAUGCACUGAAUACAGUCAUUAACAAUUCCACCUAUAAAGAAAAUGCUCUAAGGUUAUCCAAGAUACACCAUGACCAGCCAGUUAAGCCUCUGGACAGAGCUGUCUUCUGGAUCGAGUUUGUCAUGCGCCACAAAGGAGCAAAGCACUUGAGACCAGCUGCUCACCAUCUCACCUGGUACCAGUACCACUGCUUGGAUGUUCUGGCAUUCUUGUUCAUGUGUACAGCCAUUGCUGUCUUCAUUCUUGCCAAGUGCUGCUUAUUUUGCUGUAAGAGAUGUGGAAGGAUUGCAAAGAGGAAGAAAGAAUAGGCAUCCUGUUACCAUCAGCACUUUUUCUUCUCCUUUCUUCAGCAAGGCAUUUAUGUACAUUCCUUGGUGAAUAAAAUUAUUAGGAUAUACUUUAAGCUGGGCAUAUCAUGAAGCACCCAGCUGAACUGGGUCAUGCUAAAAAGCUGUCAUGGGGCAGAGCUUCUUGCUUAGCCAGCAAAUUCCUUGUGGCCUAAGUAAGACUGAAUUGUAGUUGCUUUAUCCCUUGGGACGCUGUUAGCUGAUCACACACAGUCCCUAGAACAGUAACUGCUGCUGUAACUUUUCAAUUUCAUUUUGAUAUAUUUCAUAAAUUCAGCCUUCCCACAUGUGGUACUGUGGAUCCCUUAAUCUGCAACUGGCUUCCUUACCAUAAUGCUGUCCUCUCUUAUGUCACCCAGGCUUGAUGAUUCACAACCAAAAGGCCUCUGCUGUCUCAGAAUAGCUCUCUCCAGACUGGACAGUGAAGCAAACAUCACAGGCUCUUAAAAAGUGUCCCUCUGAAGGGCCAAGGCAAUUAAAAACUGGGAGCUGCAAGUGGCUGGUGAAGCCUGUAUUAUCACAUUUUUACAAAUGCACUGACUACUUGGGGGGCUGAUGGGAGACAAGAGUCCUAAAACCAGCAGAGAAAUUACUUUUCUCAGAAACCUUUCUUUUCCAUUCAGUCUGGAAUCCUGCUGCACAGGCCAUCAUUCUAACUGAAACAUUAUAGGGUCGUUGAAACCACCAGGAACUUGCCUCUCUUAACCCCCAAAUGCCACUGAGCCAUGCUAAAUGUAGGAAAACCUCAAGAGAUGGAACUUGCAAAGAAGUAACACUACAUGGGGGAACAGUGCAACAGGCACUUGCCUUGCCUUAGAAGUUGGGAGGGAAAAUGGUGCUGCUCUUGGCUCAGGUAAGAGCAGUAGCAAACUCAGCACUCCUGAAAUUGUUCAAGGUGCACUUACUGAUGGAAGCCUACUGAAACAAUGCUAGUUCUGGCCUCCUGUUCUAGGUAAGGUUAUUCCACUGCUGUGCCAGCAUACUCAAGAACAAACCUGCUCCAGUUUUAAUUGAUACUUGCUGUAUUCUGAAUACUGCAGAAUUGUUUUCAAACAGAACAGGCUGAGAAAACAUGUUGUAUAUGUUUACACAAUAAAAUUCCCUACACUGCAUUAACUUUAUUAGCAUUGUCAACAGUUUCAAAUCUCUUCAUACUACAACGUUUACAAAAGCUCACAUGAAUUAUUUCUAAACUAAAGAGCGGUUAGAACAAGACUAGUGGUUCUCGUGGUCAUUUCUGGUACACAGUUCCUACAGUCAUGAUAGGAUCAUAUGCUGGAAUAUGCAUACUGAAAUAUGCAUAGCAAACAAAGUGGAACAGCAUGACAUUCAUGCCCUGGAUUGAAAAUGUUUGGCUCUAACUGUUCAUAAACCUGGGUCCCUAGGCACAGCUCCACCAAGCUUGAUCACUAACAGCUUCCAUGAUCCAGCUUCUGCAAGCAGAUUUGCUGAGAUGUCAGUAUGGUUGCCAGAAGAUGAGCAAGCAUCCUAGCAUACUGCACAGACAUCAGUCAUACAGGGCUAACAAAGGACAGGGGAGACAGGAUAGCUGGGAGAAGUUGGACAGAGAAAGUGCUCUAGAGUGACUUUAAUGAGGUGGUGCUUUUCUGUAACUUAAGAGAAGUUUGGCUUAUCUAGCAUUGAAUUAAAAAAAAACCAAAAAC